CAUUUCAUAAGUGUCGUGCCCUAAAUCCCAAAAUCGGGAUUAUCUUCUCUCUUGCCUCUUGAACAGCAGCCUCAAGGUUGAAUCGGCGAUUCUAGAUUCAACUCUUCGCUAUUCGGUUCCUGUUCGGUUCCAUCGGCCAGGAACAAUCUAUCGAUCGUCAACUUCAAGCAUUUCUAAGAUUAAAGAUUUACCCUUAAACAUCAUUUCUACUUCACUUUUCCUACUCCAGCAAUACGUUAUAGAACGAGCAUCAAUAUCAGCGUAAGAUUUAAAAAGGUUUUACAUUUAUGGGGAAAUCUGGAGGGAGAAAGAAGAAGGCUGGCGCUAACCCAACAGUGGUUACCCAAAUUCCGAAUGGCAAUAUUGGUGUCAAUUUGAAUUCUCCGAUUUUUCUGAAAAAGGCUCACGAGCUCAAAGAAGAAGGGAACAGAAGAUUUCAAGUGAAAGAUUUUGUAGGUGCUCUUGACCAAUAUGAUAGUGCCCUCAAAAUGAUACCUCAAAGCCACCCAGACCGAGCUGUGUUCCAUAGUAACAAAGCAGCCUGUUUGAUGCAAAUGAAACCUGUAGACUACGAUGCUGUUGUAGCCGAGUGUUCAAUGGCGCUUCAGGUUCAACCUAGGUUCGGCCGAGCUCUCCUACGCAGGGCAAAGGCAUACGAGACUAUGGGAAAUCAUUUACUGGCACUUUCAGAUGUGCAGUCUCUAUUGGGCGUUGAUCCUAACCAUAGUGAUGCCUUGGAGAUUGCUGGACGACUAAGAACAGUGCUGGGGCCCAGGCAGGAGGCCCAGCAGGACCUUCAGAGCCGUCCAUCACCAGCUGCCCUUGGAGCUUCUGCCGUUGGUGCGCCUGUGGCUGGUCUUGGGCCCUGUCUGCCUGCACGUCCAGUUCCCAAGAAGGCAUCGGCUGGUUUUCCUCCUAACUAUAAACCAGAUAAUGUCCAACAACCUGUUGUUUCUGCUCCAGAGGUUAAGAGCCAGUUACCGAAACUUGUUUUGAAGCCUAUGCCUGGUUCUUCAAAGUUGAAUUCCACUAAAGAUAGCCAAAAGGAACAUAUAUCUUCAGCAGUGCCAUCACAGGCGAAUGGUCAGGCUUUGGAGGCUGCUGCAGUUCAGUGGAGAUCUUUGAAGCUUGUUUAUGACCACGACAUAAGGCUGGCACAAAUGCCGGUCAAUUGCAACUUCAGAUCACUGAGGGAAAUCGUAACCAAAAGAUUCCCUUCUUCAAAGUCAGUCCUGAUCAAGUAUAAAGAUAAUGAUGGUGAUUUAGUGACUAUAACAUCUACUGGUGAACUGAGAUUAGCUGAAUUAUGCAUUGACAGUCUUUCGCCUAAAAUAGGUGAGGCGGAAUUUGUUGGCGUAUUAAGAUUACAUGUAGUUGAGGUGAGCCCUGAGCAGGAACCACCUAUUAUUGAGGAUGAGGACAAGCUGCUUGGAAGUGAAGGGGUUAAAGGAGAUGAGGGAGGAUCCCUCUCGUCAAUAAGCGAUACUGUGGUGGAAACUGUUGAUGUUGUUGAGAUUGAUAAAAUGGUGAAGGAAGCUCCCAAGGACAAAAUUGGGAUCUUACAAGAUUCUGAGAACAAGGAAGCGGAUAUGGACGAUUGGUUGUUUGAAUUUGCCCAUCUGUUCAGAACACAUGUUGGAAUUGACCCAGAUGCACAUAUUGACAUGCACGAGCUCGGGAUGGAGCUAUGUUCGGAGGCCCUAGAGGAGACGGUUACAAGCGAAGAUGCUCAAUCAUUGUUUGAUAAAGCUGCUGCAAAAUUUCAAGAGGUGGCCGCUUUAGCUUUCUUCAAUUGGGGGAAUGUUCACAUGUGUGCUGCUAGGAAACGGAUUCCUAUCGAUGAUUCUGCUGCAAAAGAUUUGGUUACAACGCAGCUACAAGCAGCUUAUGACUGGGUGAGAGAAAAGUAUUCUCUGGCUAGAGAGAAAUAUGAGGAAGCAAUCUCGAUUAAGCCAGAUUUCUAUGAAGGGCUGUUAGCACUUGGACAACAGCAGUUUGAAAUGGCGAAACUUCAUUGGUCUCUUGUCCUUGCUAGGAAAGAAGAUUUGUCUAAUUGGGACCCGACUGAAACGAUUGAGCUAUUUGACAACGCUCAGAAGAAAAUGGAAACUGCAACUGAAAUGUGGGAGAAGAUGGAAGAAGAGAGACUUAAAGAGGUGACGGACCCAAGUGUAAACAAACUGGAAGAACUAUUGAAGAAGAGAAAGAAAUCGGGUGAGUCGUCAAAGCUUGAAGGUUUGGAGAUUUCAACGGAUGAAUCUGCAGCAGCAGCAGCUGAACAAGCGGCAAUGAUGAGGUCACAGAUCCAUCUGUUUUGGGGUAACUUGUUGUUUGAGCGUUCUCAGAUUGAAUGCAGAUUGGGGAAGGAUGGUUGGAAAAAGAAUUUGGAUGAUGCUAUAGGCAGAUUUAAGCUUGCUGGAGCAUCUGAGAAUGAUAUUUCUACUGUUUUGAAGAACCAUUGCUCUAAUGAGGCUGCUGCAAGCGAGGUGAAGGUCGAAAAUAAGGCGUAAUAGGUGAAUCAAUUGUGAGGUUGAUCUGUUUCAAGGAAAAUUGAGGUUCCAAUUUACUAUUUUCUUUCAUGUUUCUAUUGAAGAGGUUAGCUUUCUUGAAAUUGCAAAUUUUGAGAUUAGAGUCAGUCAGUCACAAGUCUUCAGAGUGAUAAGAAUUGUUUCCUUUGUUUUUUUUCUCUCAUUGACAAUGAUACUGAUCUUGCUCUAGUUUGUUAUC